AAAACUAAUCCUUCAUUAAAAUCUAAACCAGAAAAGAUCAGAACAAUUUCAAAGGAUUUCCAAAGUGCUAAUUGUGAAAGAUAUAAACUUUUGAGGGUUGUUAUUGCUACAAAAUUUCCCGAAGGAACUGACACUCAAAGGUUCUGGUACAGUGCUCUAAUGGCGGAAUCAGUGAAAUGAAGGGAAAGCAAAGAUAAAAUAGAAAGAAAGAAAAAGAAAAGAUGAAAUUAAAAACGGUAUAGAUUACAAAAAAAGCAGAGAAAAGGAAGAAGAAGGCAGUUAGGACCCACAAUGUUUCUCUUUCUUUUCGUUCCUCUGCUUUCGGACCGUUUCUCACAAAAGAAAGAAACUAUUUGGCCAAUUCUUCAUACUGCAGAUCUCGCAGUAUGAAGAACACGAGGUCAUUGUGUUGCCAACCAACAAGUUAACCCAAAAAUGGCUCUUAUUUCCGAUGGGUUCAAUCCAUUUUCCCUUCUUUUUUUCCAUCCUCAAAUAAUCCAGCAAACCCUGUUGAGUUGCCGUUGGAUGUAGGGGGGGUUCGAUCUCCCUCUCUUCCCCUUUGUGCUGAGCAGCCCAUUGAUCAGGGUUGAUCUUGAUCGCCCUUGUGUCGUUUCUCCGAUCGAUGCUGUCGGACUUUGGUGGUUCAUGGGUUGCAUUAGCUCCAAGAACGUAGCAAAGGCGGCGGCAUCACCCGUUUAUAACCAUCAUCAUCAUCGGACAAAGCCCAAUAAACCGACCACCACUACAACCGCCACCGUUGCCGCCGAGAAUGGUUCUGUUGUGACCCUGCCGCCUUCAUCCAAAGCUCAUUCGGUGACGACGCUUGAUUAUGAGAAGAAAGGGGAGGACAUAUCGGAGGAUCGAAGUCGAGAUAUUAAGAAAUCUAAAGGAGGGAAGGGGGGUUCUUUCAGAUUAGGGUUUUCGCAACGCUACGUUGAAGCUGAGCAGGUUGCCGCCGGCUGGCCCUCUUGGCUUAGUAGUGCUGCCGGUGAGGCCGUACAUGGAUGGGUUCCUCUUCGAGCUGAUUCCUUCGAGAAGUUGGAGAAGAUUGGCCAAGGAACAUACAGCAGUGUGUUUCGUGCUCGAGAAGUUGAGUCAGGAAAGAUGGUUGCCUUGAAGAAGGUUCGUUUUGACAAUUUUCAACCGGAGAGCAUUAGAUUUAUGGCAAGGGAAAUUAUGAUUUUGCGCCGGCUUGAACAUCCAAACAUCAUGCAGUUAGAAGGAAUAAUUACUUCAAAAAUGUCUAGCAGCAUUUACCUUGUAUUUGAAUACAUGGAUCACGAUCUUGCAGGGCUAGUGUCUUCUCCUAAUAUCAAGUUCAGUGAGGCACAGGUUGGUAUUUCAUCCACUGAUUUAACGUGCACAAUCAAUAGCGUUGGCAAAGUGUUAAUAAAAAAACAAUCUCAUUUCCUCUUCCAUUGGGUCUGUGGUUUUUAUAUAUGUAAGAAACUAUUGUGUUCUCUUUUUCAGAUAAAGUGUUAUAUGAGACAGCUGCUAUCUGCAAUUGAGCAUUGCCACCUUCGGGGUAUAAUGCAUAGAGACAUUAAGGCAUCCAAUAUUUUGGUAAACAAUGAAGGAGUUCUGAAGUUAGCAGAUUUUGGAUUAGCAAAUGUCAUAAACUCGAGAAACAAGCAAGCGCUAACAAGUCGAGUGGUGACAUUAUGGUACCGCCCACCUGAGCUUCUGAUGGGUUCAACAGAUUACGGAUUAACAGUGGACCUCUGGAGUAUAGGAUGUGUAUUUGCAGAAUUGCACCUGGGGAAACCACUUCUUAAAGGAAGAACCGAGGUUGAACAAUUGCACAAAAUAUUCAAACUUUGCGGCUCCCCACCUGAAGAGUUCUGGAAAAAAACAAAGCUUCCUCAUGCAGCUAUGUUCAAACCCCAACAUGCAUAUGAAAGUUCUCUUAGUGAAAAGUGUAAAGAAUUUGCACCAACCGCAUUGAGCCUAUUAGAAUCUUUUCUUGCCAUAGAACCUUACAAGCGUGGAACAGCCUCAUCUGCUCUCAUGUCUGAGUAUUUCAAAACGAAGCCAUAUGCUUGUGAUCCAUCUACCUUGCCCAAGUAUCCACCAAAUAAAGAAAUGGAUGCCAAAAAUCGUGAAGAUGCGCGAAGGAAGAGGGCUAAUGCAAGAGUAAAAGAGUCAGGGGUCACACAAAGGCCUAGAAGAGUUAGAAGGAAUUUCCAAGAAUUGAACAGUCAUAAAGUGCCAAUCAAAGAGGAAGCAGAAGAAAACAUUCAACCUUCUCGACGGAAUGGCAGCAGUACUGCCAAUCUUUGCAAAGAACAAGGUGACGUUUUCCAAAGAGAUCCUCAGAAGCAACUAUUUGAUACAACAUCAGAAUCCCAGGCUGCAACAGCACCAAAUCAGCGAGGAGAUAGCGCAUUCACAGCCCCAAUACCAGUCUCAGCAUCUAGUGGCUUUGCUUGGGUAAAGAAGCGAAAAGAGGAAGCUACAUCUACAGUAUCAGAUGGUCUUAAGAGCCAAAUAAGUUCUCUGGAUCCAUCCUUUGCAAAUUACACCUUUGAAUUAACAAAAAAACAGAAUGGACACACACACAUUCCAGUCAGUUCAGGCACGCAGGAAUACGAAUUACGAAAGAACCAUAGAAGAAAACACAAUUUCCCCGAGUCUUUUGAUGCAUCCGAAGCAUACCCAUUCUUGGAUAUGUCCAAUGAACUAUAUCCAAAACCACCAUCCAACACCGCAGCAAACCUCGAAAACGAUGAUACAGAAUCACACAUUGAAUUCUCAGGACCGCUGUUAACACAACCCCAUAGAAUAGACGAACUCCUUCAAAGAAAUGAAAGUCAUAUCCGACGAGUGGCUCGAAAAUCCAGGUUUGAGAAAGGUAAAAAUAAGGGGGAGAUUCUAAGUCCAACCCCACUUAAAAAAACUCUUUUCAUUUAUCUGAUCAAUCAACAAUUGAAAAAACUUCUGUUCUUAAUUCCAGAUAAGUGAUCCGAGCAUUAUCCUGUGCAAUAGUCAGAUGAUAGACGUACAUAACAACCACACUUUAGCAGCAGCAGUUCCAAGACCUGCGUCCACAACGGAGCUCAGAUUGACCAUUUGCAAACCCGACAACAAAAAAACAAGCGUAAAGGAAGCAGAAAAGAAGAAGCUUCUAGAGAUAUACAUACAUUUAUUUGAAAUUUUCAGACAAGUUGAAUGCAAAAAAAAUACCCGUCGGAUGCAAUUGAUCAAUUAUUUUUUUUCUUUUUUGAAAAACGUGGUUUUAACUUUCCUGCAUCGUUCUCAUCAUCUGAAUGAAAACCCGAAAACAUAUAAAUAUAUAAAUGCCAAUUUCAAUUUAUCAUA